CGAGGAUCAAUAGUCAAGGUGCCAACCAUUGUGCUGUGCCUGGCUGGGUGACAUGUUUUUUGUACUGCAUGCUGCAUGCUGCAUUACAUGAUACAUUCUUGCCAUGUGUCUAUGAUGUCUUGGCGUGAAUGGGCAAUUGAUAUUUCUUUCCAAUGCCCUUUGGUAGAGCGGCAAUAGAUUUGGUAGUCUGAUGGUAUGGUGAUCCGUCUGAUCCCCAACCAGACACCAUGGUAUGGGCCACUGAAUCACUGCAUCACUGCAUCCUGCAUCACUGCAUCCAGCAUCACUACAUCACUGAAUCACUCCAUCCACUGCAUCCAACCCCUGCUCUUUUCCUUAUCGCCCUAUCUCCAAAAAUGGUAAAUGGGCGAAAGAUGAAAGAUAAGGGAUAACAACGACUCACAGCUGCCCACUCACCCAUUAUUCAGACUGUUGACUUGCGCUUUUACCAAGUGUCGCUACGACUAUUCCCACCUGCAUCUAAUAUUAAGUCCCUUAAUAGGCUUCUUGCUACUCUCAUUGCACCUCAUCCUAGCACGCGCUUGCCUCAUCUGCACGCAAGGCUCUCACACGGGAAGUCUCGUCAUACAGCCUUGUCACUCCCUUCUCUUUUACUCAGGUCUUCCGUCCUUUCUCUUCUUCUCUCAAGUUUCUCUAUUCUUCGUCUCAACGUCACAGACGAGACAAAACAAAAGACAAUAGUGGAUACAAUCCCCAUCUCCACCUGUACAAUGUCGGAGCGCAAGUCGAUUGAGAGCAUCAGCCACGGCCGCGGCGGAGCCGGCAACAUUGGCGCCGAUGACACCCCCUACGCCGACGGCGAAAUCGUGCGCGAAGGCCUAGCCGGCGACCAUGGCGACGGCCCCUACAGCUCCGGCCGCGGCGGCGUCGCCAACAUCGGCUCUCCCGGCCUCGCGGCCGCAAAGCGCAACGAUAAGGAGGUUAUCCCCGCCGAGGCGCUAAGGGAUGAGGAGGAUACGAAUCACCAUGUUGGGCGCGGGGGACAGGGGAAUGUGCAUGUGGCUAAGGAGGGUGGGAAGCCGCAUCCGACGGGAUUGGCGGAUAAGUUGAAGGCGAAGCUUUUUGGGAAGAAGGUUAAGGGGGAGACGGCUUAGGUGGUGGUAGGAGCGAGGUGUGGGGGGAGUGUUGGGGUUUGGAGGCGCGCGCGAGGUAUGAGGAGGAGUAAUGGAGUGCAGCAAAUUGGAGCAAGCAGCAAAUUCGUGUUCGAUUUUAGUCUACCAACAUUCGGGUGCAUACGAUGCGAGCUGGUUAAGCUAGCCCGUGAAGUUGCACCUUCCAAACGAAUAUAAAUAAAAGCUAAUUCACAUAUUCAUCCUGGGACCAAUACAUAACCCCAACAAUGGCUGGCAAAAUUUCCUCCUACCUUCAACCCUCUCAUCCAAAAGAGUGCAAGUAUUGCUAUGAUGACUACCUCUACGAUGACGACAACGAUUACAGUGACGAGAAAACAAUUCCCAGAGCAAGAUCGGGCCUGACUCGCGGGGGAUUUUAUCUCGAGUUCUCCAAAAUCAUUCUGAGCAUCAUUGUGAUCAUCAUUGUUUUUAUCAGCAUUAUAUGGUGUGAAUUGUGGAUUUUGUGG